AUGGUCUUCCCAAUUCCAGACACAAAGUUGGAAAGGGGAAGCAGCAUGGAAGGAAAGGACAUCAUAAUGGAGAGCGAAGAUGUGGUAUAUCCUGGCAAGGAGAGAAAUCCGGCUUAUGAUAAGCAAAGGGGCCUCGUUGCGAGAGUCCAGGACUUUGCCGGAAGGUUUGGUGUUGAGCAACGGGGCAUCGAGCGAGUGCUUCCUGACGAGAGGACCGACACACGCGCGAGCAAGCUUGGGACUCUGUGGAUGUCAGCAAACAUGACCGUUUCGACCUUUGCCUUGGGAGCCCUAGCACAGCCUGUCUUUGGGCUUGGCUUCGUUGACGCGGCAUUGACGAUCAUUUUUAUCAAUAUCCUGGGGAUCAUCCCGGUCUGCUUUUUUUCAACCUUUGGACCUCGCUUUGGUCUCCGACAGAUGGUCCUGUCUCGAUUUUACUUUGGUUAUUAUGGUGUCAAACUCAUCGCUAUCUUCAAUAUUUUAGCCUGCUUAGGCUGGUCUUCUGUCAAUGUGAUAGUUGGGGCUCAACUGCUGGCCGCAGUCAACCCAGGGCCACAUGCCCUACCCGGCUGGGCUGGAAUCCUAGUCAUAUCGCUGUCCACUCUGCUCAUCACAACUUUCGGCUACCGGCUGGUGCAUGCCUACGAGCGCUGGUCCUGGAUCCCCGUGUUGGUCAUCUUCUGCAUCGUCGCGGGUGAGUUCGGCGUCUCGGGUAAGUUCAAUUCCCUCCUGCCGCUCACGGCAGGGGCCGGGGAGGCUGGCAACAUCCUGAGCUUCGCCGCGAGCGUGUUCGGCUUCGCGACAGGCUGGACUUCCAUGGCUGCCGAUUAUGCUGUCUAUCAGCCCGAGACUCGCUCUAGACGGUCAGUCUUCUGCUGGACCUUUGGGGGCUUGAUCUUCCCGCUGGUCUUCACAGAGCUCCUCGGCACCGCGGUGAUGACAGCCUCCGUGCUGGACCAAGGCUACGCGGAUGCAUACGAAACCAAUCACAUUGGUGGGGUCUUGGCUAAAGUGCUGGUCCCACCACUGGGCGGGUUCGGCAAGUUCUGUCUGGUCGUGCUGGCGCUGAGCAUCAUCGCCAACAACUGCCCCAACAUCUACAGCGUGUCCCUGUCGCUGCAGGUCCUGGCCAGGCAGACCGAGCGCAUCCCCCGCUUCGUCUGGCCCGCGGUGGCGACGGCCGUCUACGUCGCCAUCUCGAUCCCCGGAUACGGCAACUUCGAGGUCGUGCUGGAGAACUUCAUGCUCGUCAUCGGGUACUGGCUAGCCAUCUAUGAGGGCAUCGCCUUGACCGAGCACUUUGUCUUCCGCAGGAAGUGUGGAUACGCCGUGGAGGACUAUGCCACGCCCGGCAGACUGCCUCCUGGCUUCUCUGCGCUGUGUGCGUUCUUGAUUGGCGUGAUGGGGGCGGUCUUGGGAAUGGCACAGGUUUGGUAUACAGGGCCCAUAGGGCGGCUGUGCGGUGCUGAAUUUGGUGGCGAUGUGGGCUUUGAGCUGGCGUUUGGUUUCAGUGCUGUGGCCUAUUUGGCGUUGAGAUCGGUGGAGAGACUGAAGUUCAGGAGGUGA